AUGGCUGGAGUCCCGCAAUUCGCCUCCCUUUAUGUGGGAGACCUGCAUCCAGAUGUUACAGAGGCCAUGCUGUACGAGAUCUUCAACUCCGUUGGGCCCGUGGCUUCUAUUCGGGUUUGUCGCGACACGGUGACCAGAAGGUCCUUGGGCUAUGGAUACGUCAACUUUCACAGCGUCUCCGAUGCCGAGCGUGCCCUGGAUACGCUGAACUACUCAAGUAUCAAGGGCCGAGCUUGCCGCAUCAUGUGGAGCCAGAGGGAUCCCAGUCUGCGGAAGAGCGGGCAUGGGAACGUAUUUGUGAAGAACCUGGACAAAGCAAUUGACAACAAGGCGUUGUAUGACACCUUCAGUCUCUUCGGCAACAUCCUCUCCUGCAAGGUGGCAUGUGAUGCCAAUGGAAAGUCGCGAGGCUACGGCUUCGUGCACUACGAGACCGAGGAGGCCGCGCAGCAAGCCAUCGAGCGUGUCAACGGCAUGCAAAUCGGUGAGCAGACGGUCCACGUGAGCAAGUUCUUGAAGCGCAACGAGCGCGACCGUCCCGCCCUGCAGAACUUCACAAAUCUGUACAUCAAGAACUUCCCCACGGAUUGGGACGAAGACAAGAUCAAGUCCGAGCUGAGCGAGGCCGGCACCAUCACAUCCUCGCACUUUGUCGAGGAUGCAAAGGGCCGGAGGUUCGCCUUUGUCAACUUUGAAACCAGCGACCAGGCAAAGAAGGCUGUGGACAUGUACCACCAAAAGGACUUCCGAUCACAGGAGCAGAAAGAAGCCGAUGCAGAGAAGGAAGAGGAAGAGAAAGACAAGGACAUCAAGAGCUAUUUGCUCUACGUGCAGCGGGCCCAGUCCAAGUCCGAGCGUUCUCUGGAGUUGAAGGAGAAGAUGCCCCAGAAGGAAGCACCCACCCGAGGAGGAGGAUCUGCGAAUGUAAACCUUUACAUCAAGAAUCUGGACGAGGGGACCGACGAGGCAUCUCUCAAGGCGCUGUUUGAGCAGUUUGGCACCGUCACAUCCGUCGCUGCCAUGAAGGACGAGCGCGGCCAGUGCAAGGGCUUCGGCUUCGUUUGCUUCGCCUCUCCUGACGAAGCUACAAAGGCUGUCACGGAGAUGCACCUCAAAGUGGUAAAAGGGAAGCCCUUGUAUGUCGGACUGGCGGAGAAGCGCGAGGUCAGGGCCGAGCGCCUGCGGCAGCGCUACUCGCCCUCCAAGGGCGGCUGGAACGAAGGGAAAGGUGGCGUGGGUGGCAAAGGCAAGGGCAAGGGCGGUGGCAUGCAGAUGUAUGGCAACCAAGGCGGCUGCGGCAUGCAACAGAUGUACCCGAUGGGCAUGCAGAUGGGCAUGAUGGGCCAGAUGGGCAAGGGCGGUCCCCAGGGCAUGAUGGGUGCCCCGAUGGGCAUGAUGGGUAAGGGCAUGCAGGGUGGCGGAACUAUGCCUAUGGGUGGCGGCAUGGGAGGAGCAGGUAAGGGAUCCAUGCCCCCUAUGGGCGGCAAGGGCAUGAUGGGCCCGAUGGGCAUGACGGGCAUGGGCCCAAUGGGCAUGGGAAUGAUGGGCAUGAUGCGACCGCCAAUGCAGAUGCCCAUGAUGCGUCCAGGCAUGCCAACGAUGCCCCAGAACGUGCGGCCGCCGACACCACAGACCGGAGGGCCAACAUCCGGAGGCCAGCCACUCACCCCAGCGGGCUUGUCUCAAGCGCCUCCAGCAGUUCAGAAGCAGAUCAUCGGAGAGAGGCUCUACCCAUUAGUUGCCAAGCAGCAGCCCGAGCUGGCUGGCAAGAUCACCGGCAUGAUGCUCGAGAUGGACAACUCCGAGCUGCUCUCUUUAUUGGAUUCCGAGUCGCAACUCAAGACCAAGGUGGAUGAGGCGUUGCGUGUGUUGGAGCAGGCCAAGUGA